AUGGUGGGCCAAGUUCGGUUCUGUCGCCUCCUCCACCUUUCCGCAGCCCUCAUCAUCGUCAUCACACUGGUCGCGCUCCUCGCUCAACGCGCGGACGCCGCGCUUGACAUGACAGCCUUUCCGGCGUACUACAACACCUUUACUGCGUCUGGCAUUUCGCUUCCUGCGGGUAACUUUACCAUCGAGUUCUGGUACAAAGCGUACGACAAGGGCGCGGCGCAGCAUCUCGUCUCGUACUGUCGCUCCAACAACAACAACAUGUUGUUGUGGGGGAUCACAGGCUUCAAUCGGUGCAUUUUCGCCAUGGGCGGGUUGUCGUUUACUCCAUACGCAUGUCCUGCCGACGGCUCCUGGCACCAUGUGGCCAUAGUCUUCCGCGCUACACCAUUGCCGAAAGCGGAGAUGUGGAUCGAUACUGUGGCUGUGGCCGGCCCAGGGGAUGUGCCAUCGUUCUCGGCAGACUCGCUCAAGUUUGUCUUUGGUAACGAUCAGGACCUCUCGACGUGUGUGACCAAUAACCAGAACCAGGCCGCAUCUGCUGUCAUGGACGAGUACCGCGUUUGGUCGGUCGCCAUGAAUGCCACCGCCAUCGCCGCCGCCGCCGCCGGGCCCACGCCUGCGCCGACGCCCAAUCUCGUCACCUACUACGCGUUUGAGCCCGGUGACAUCUCCGGCUCAACGCUCACGCCCACUGCCGGCCUGGGUCCUUCCAUGGGCGCUGGCUCGGUGCCGCCAGUCCAGGCCCCGGUGAGCCCGUUUGUCACCGCCGCCCCGGCUCCUGCGCAGAGCCACCUCCCACCGGUCCUCGCACCCUCGGUGGUGCCGACCACAGGAGCUGGAAACAUCCACGGGUGCUCGCUUAGGGAUCUUGACGGUGACGGCCGAAUCGACGUCAUGUAUGCGUUGUGGGGCAUGACCGCGGCUACUUCGGUGUCGUAUGUGCUCGGCGACGGGAACAUGGCGUUCUCGCCUCCCGUAGCUGUCUCGUCCGCCGACCGCAUCACCUCGCUUGCGCUCGCCGACCUGACCGGUGACGGCGUGCUCGAUCUUCUCGUCGCUAAUGAUGGCGACGGCCACGCCAACGUUUACAUCGGCACAAGCUCACCGGGGAACAUGUCCUUUGCGCUCGCGCCGUACUUUCUCGGCACUGGCUCGGCCACGGGCACCUCGGUCUCGAUCAUUGCCACUGUGCCAGAUCUUGACGCUGAUGCCGUUGCUGACGCUAUCUACAUCAGCUCCGACCUGCAGACCAUUGGCUGGGUCUCGUUUGCCUCGGGCUCGCCUACUCCUACCAGCAUUGUCACGGUUUCUUCGACGGAGAGCCUCUACUUUGGUUCGUCCAGCGCCAACUACGCCACCGACCGACAGGUCAUGCUCGAUCUCAACAAUGACGGCCUCCUAGACCUGCUCUACAUCCACUCGAGCAGUAACUGGUGGCGGCUUUCUGCAGUGCUGCGGUUGGCCGGCCCUGGCGUCAACUUUGAUACCGGUUCUCCCCUUGUGAUUGUUCCUGGUGCUGUCCGAUUCUGGCUUGGAGAUCUCGACGGUGAUGGCGCUACUGACAUUUUUACCAUCUUUCAGCAAAUAUGGGACAUUUGGACGGUCAACGGCGACUCGACGGUCAGCUAUUUCACCUCGAUCGACCAGGGUAGCACUGACGCCGUUGAGAACAUCGCCAUUCUCGACGUGGACGGCAACGGUCUUUUGGACGUCGCGUUUGGAACUCGCGUCUUAGGCUCGGCACUCCGUCUUGCCCUCCAAGUCACGCCCCUCGCUUUUGCUCCCGGCGACGUCUACGGCACCAUGUUUGCUGCCCAAACCAAGUGCCUGGUCUCUGGCGUCUUUCAGGACGAUGGCGUGCCACAGCUCCUGUUCGGCGCCGCAAACACCGGUGGGUUGCCUGCCAUCGGCGAGAUGGCGAUGUGGCGGACCGGUCCUGUCCCGCAGCACGUGGCUGCGCCAGUAAUCGCUUCGACCGCCUCGAGCUGGUGCGCUUCGGGCACGCUACCAGAGACUCUGGUGGCGGACCUCACCCACGACUCACACCUCGACGUCUUGCUAGUUUGCCACGCCGACGCCUCAACGAUCCUUGUCGCGGCCAACGGUUUUGGCGCGUUCCUCCCGGCACUUGUCCGCACGUCACCGCCGUCGGCCGCUGCACUCGCAGCCGCAGGAAUCGCCGACGUCAAUGCAGACGGCUUUCUCGACGUGAUCACCGCAUCAGUCGACGGCACUAUUGCCGUCUCGCCCCACGUCGACGUACUUGGCGGCUCCCCGCUCCCUGCACCGCACACGGUCGACGUCAGCGGUCUCGCCGGUAGUCUCGUGGCAAUGGUGCUAGUUGACGCCAAUGGCGACGGCGACGUUGACGUCAUUGUCGGGGGGUCAUCAGGGCUUGUACUUGUUCCGUCGGCUGGUGACGCGCCGGCAGGCCCACUCCUUCCCCCACUUGUGCUCUCUCUGAGCACGGUCGGCGUUCGCUUGCUUGUCGUCGGCGACUUGCGCGGAGUCGGUGUCUCAGUUGACCUCGUGUGGAUCGACAGCACGGCCAACACGCUCCGUGUGGCGACACUGGACCCUGCACCGGCUUCGGCAGACGCGGUGUACCUCGCGUCGCCUGCCAUCCCAUUGCCGAGCGAUGCAGCUGCCAUUGCGUGUGGCGCACUGGACAGCAACGCUAUCGACGACAUUGUGAUUGCAGUCACAUCUGGCGAUAUUGUGGCUGUCUAUGAUGGUGGCACCGGGCCAACGUCCACUCUCUUCGCGGGCUGGGGAGACGUUGUUGACCUCACCGUUGUUAGCACAGCAUCUGGCAGCGGCCACGUCCUGCUCGCGUCCGCGAACUCCACUGCGUGGCUCACGGCGUGGCCGACCUACCUCCGCUACCCAGUGCCUGCUGUGGCAGGAGCUGGCCCAUCUGCUCUCCUAGACGACUUUGAUGCCGAUGGUCUUCCGGACCUUGUCCGGGUCGGCAACGCGUCGUUGGUGAUGGUGCGUGGCCAGAGCUCACUGUCGUUCCGCGACCUCGCGACCUCGCGCCUCCCGCCCGAGUGUGGUGGAGUAGCCGGCUCGUGGGCGUGUACCACUGCCCGCAUGGCGCGCCUUUCAUCUGGAAGCGUACUCCAUCUGGCACCGGUCCCCCCUGGCGGCUCGCGGUGUGCCCGUGGCCGGCAAGGACCUGGCUACCCUCUGUUCGCACGAGCGAUUACUCUUCGCGACGGGCGGAUCGAGUGCACUAGUGGCGGCGUGCUUGGGAAGUUAGUCAAUUCUGCAAUUGUGACGAUCGACUCGGUGAUCAUGAGCUCGGGCGCGAGACAUGCACCGGUCUUAGAGGCAAGUGAUGCUGGUGCUGCGUUGGUUGUUGGCAACGGCGCCAGUCUGUACCUGAGUCACUCGCGGAUGACUGGCUUUGCCGCACGUGACAGCACGUCCGUGAGCAAGUCAACCUCAGCACUUCAAGGUGGCGCAGUGCAUGCUCUGGGCGGAUUAAUCGUGUCGAACACAACGUUUGAAGAGUGCGAGGCGGCGCAGCUCGGCGGCGCCGUUGCCGUUGUGGGAUCCGCGGCUUGGGCCACGUUUACGGACACUACUUUUGCACAAAACGCCGUGACAAGCGCCGCGGGCCCGGGUACGUCUGGCGGUGGCGCUAUCGGUGCCUCGCAGGCAGGACUCUCAUGCACUCGAUGCGUGUUUGAUAGCAACGUGGCAACCGGGCUCGCGUCGGGCGGUGGCGCGGUGGCUUUACGCGGGACCACCACGUCGGCCUCGUUUUCUGACUCGACAUUCGUCGGCAACUCGGCGCCUGCGGGCUACGGCGGCGCCGUGCUGACCGAGUUUGACGGCGUUGCACUAACGAUCACAUUCCACAUGUGCGUCUUCAACGACUCCGGCGCGCUCGCUGUCACGUUUGGCGGGGCCACGUUGCCGGAUGUACCGCCGCUCAGCACUACAUCGCCGCUGACAACAACGUCGUCCCAGGCCCACUUCUCGAUGUCAGUCAUCGGUUCAAGCUCGGCGCGCUAUGGCGGCGUAGCUCUGUCAUGCGGGGCGAUCGUUGACAUGAUGGGUGCCGACAUGACGUCGGCUACCGUCUCUUACUCGGGUGCCGGCGGCAUCUGGUUCCAAUGCCUCCCGCUGACGGCGACAGCCGCGGUGAACAUGGGCCCAUCGCCGGGCGGAGGAACACUUGCGACGGCGUCGCCAAGCUACGGCCCGAUAUUUGCGCGCCUUGGGGUGCCGCUCGGCCUUGCAGCCGGCAUGUUUUCGACGCUCGACGCGUUUGGCCAGCCUGUGGCGGACGCGGCCGCAUACGUCGAGCUGGUCGUCGGACUGCCAGCCAGCCUCACGGCCACACAAGCGAGUUGGGACGCUGAGGUGGGAGGCUACUCGUUGCGACGCGUUGCGCUUGAGAUCCAAGGCGGCUACUGGUCCGAGGUCGGGAAGCCGGUGACAGUCAUGGCACAGCUUUCGUCGGGCGCGUCACUUUCGGUGCCCGUCGUGGUUACUGCCUGCCCGAUUGGUUACGGCGCAACAACUGAGGAUGAGGAGCUGCCGCUCUCGUGCGUUCUUUGUCCCACCGGGACCGAGUCGACCGAAGUCUCGCUUGCGCCAUGCCGCAUUGUGCCAACUUGUACUGGAACCGGGUUUCCGAUCGAUGGCGAGUGCGUGUCGUGCCCGGCCAACACGGUGCGGCUCGCGGGGCCGAACGUCACGGCAGGCACUACACCGCCUUGUGUGUGCGCAACAGGAUUUUGGAACGUAGACAACGCAGCAGACGUGGCGUGCGAAGAGUGCCCCAAUGGCGCGCAGUGUCCGGGUGGAUCUGGCUCGGCUGCAGCGCCGUACGCUAGGCCGGGAUUCUUCCGCAUCGCCACAGGCAGCUACGCUGAGUGCACGGUGCCCAAUGCGUGCGUCGGACAUUCGGUGUGCGCGCCCGAGUACAGACCUGGUUCGCUUCUCUGCAAGGAUUGCGGCGAGAAUGCGUAUCGGCAACAGGAUGGGACGUGCCGAACAUGCCCCAACGCGGCGUCGUCGCUGCUCGCACUUCUCAUCGGUGUUGUGGUUCUCGCGGCUAUUGUUGCGGUCGUGCUCUCGAUGCUGGCCGUGAGCCUGUUCCAGAAGCGGCAGCAAGACAUGGCUGCAAGUAGCGGGGCACGAGUCCCGCACACGCUCUCGCUCACAGUCAUUUUUUUGCAGGUGCUCGGCAUUCUCGCCCGUGCGCCGUUUAACUGGCCGGAGCCGCCGGUGAAGCAGAUUCUGGAGGCCGCCAACGUGGCUAACGUAGACCUCACGUUCUUUGCGGUCGACUGCUCGCUGCCAUCGUUUGUGAUCCGCUACUUGAUCAACAUGCUCCUACCGUUUGCGUUUGGCGCGUUCUUUGUCAUCUUUGUCGUGGCGGUCAAGUAUGUGCCAGGCCUCGGGUGCUGCUGCAUGCGCGGCGUGGAUCGCAGUCGCAUACAGAUCAAGGACAUCCUGUUGUGGGCUGUCUUUACCUUUGGCCCGCUGGUAUACAUCCCGCUCUCGCGGUCGACACUUGUCUUUUUCGACUGCACCCUCUAUCCGGAUGGCAAGUGGUACCUUGAUGCAGAGCCGAGCGAGGAGUGUUUCGCACCUACCUGGCUCGGAGUGCUCCCGAUUGCGUUGUGCGGGCUAGUGGUGUAUGUCAUUGCGCUGCCUGCGCUCUUUACCAUUAUCUUGCACCGGUGGCGGCGCGAGCUCGACGCGCCGCUUGUGAUCCUGCGCUACGGGUCACUGUACUCGGUCUUCCGAAAGCACUACUACUACGCUGGCGUGCCGCUCAUGUUCAAGCGGCUGCUGAUUGUGAUAUUCUCGGUUUUUGCAUCCAACUUGCAGAUCAUCCUGUUCUCGGGCCUGUUGGCGGUGUUUGUGACCUCAAUGCUGGUGCUCACUAAGCACUCGCCGUACCUGUACCAUCCGCUCAAUGUUAUUGAGAUCAAGCUUGACUUGAGCAUUGUUGCAUUGCUCGUCGGCGGACUGCUGUUCUGGAUGAACGAGUUCCCCAACACGGCAACGUAUGUGGUCUUUGCAGUCCUGGCCGUGCUGGUCAUUGCCUUUGCAGUCAUCACUCUUCUCCUGGGCCUCUUCCGCGAGCUGAUGUACUUCUCGUCGAGGAUCAGUCGCGUUUCCGGGGCGGAGGCACAAAACACCACGAUCCGGGACCAAGUCUUCAUUGACAUCGCCAAGAAGCACCUCCCGGAUCUGAGCCCUGGCGUGCGGAACGCCCUUGACGAGCUGGCAGCCCAGGCGUCGAAGCCUGUUGCGACGCCCAGCGGUGACCCAAGUGGUGACAUCGAGAUGUAUGCGACGCCGGCACCCCACGUCUAG